AUGGAUCCAUUGUCUAUGCUUGCAGCAGAAGAAGAAGCAAAGAUACUUCAAGCACAGAAAGCAAGAGAGGCAGCAGAGGUAGCAGCAGCAAAAACAUCUAAAACCAAGAUUAGAAAUCAUUUCGAAGAGGAAGAGAGUCGUUUGGAAUCAAUCACAAGAAUACACUUGCAUGAUCCUACAAUCGACAUCAAUUCAAACAUCAAAGAAAUCGAAAUCAAAGAUCGUAACACAAUCUCAAAGAAGAAAUGGGUAAAUUCAUUUUGUGUCGUUAAUUUCGAUCUUGAAAUAGGUCAAACAUUAGAUUAUAGUUAUCCAAAAGUAAUGUUAAGAGAUGAAGAGAUUACAAAUUUAUGUUUCUUGUCAUUUCCAGAUUCGAAUUCACAUCUUCAAGGCGACAUUAUAUAUUCAUUCAAACUGAAUAAUAGAAGUGGUCGGUCCGCUCUACUUUCAGUAUGGAAACACACUGCUCGAGGUUGCCCAUCAAAACAUGGCUGCUUGGCCCGAGUUGAAACUCGGUCAGACCUACGAGCUGCCGAUUCUCGGCUCGAUCUUCACGUUCCACGUGCCGUACACUACGAGUGCACCGCACAUCAUCGACCCGAUUCUCAAGCAGAAUCUGGCGGCCACCAAGUCGCUCGACAAGAGCCAGGUGUCACAACCACCGCACAGCCAAAUUCAAGCGAUGACACCAACAACAUUCCGGCAUCGAUAAUCGGUGUUACCAAUCCAUUCUUCUUGAAGGCAUUAAGUCAUUGGCCAACAAUCAUUAAUAUUGGUACAGUACAUAGAUUGGGUAUGAAUCAUCAACAACAACAACAAAAAAAGAAAACUUUAUCACUAAUGUCAAGAGAUUCAGGUAGCAAACAGAUGACAGACAAAGAGAAAAUAACAACAGAAUACAAACCAUAUACUUCACCAGACAAGAAUUUAGUUAAAAAGAUUACAGAUAGUGGCGAAUUGCCAUCACAUAACGAAACGCUUAGAAAAUACUUUUUACAAUUGACAUUAAGCUUUUUGAUACCACUAGAGCGAUACUUUUCUUCUUUAUUACCUUUAGCAAAAACUAUAUCAGUAUUUCAACGACCACCAAGAUUAAAGAAUUUCGAUAAUCAAGAGUUUCUUGACAAGUUGGCAGAGACUGACGAAACCUAUAUUCUUGACAGCAAGAGCAAAGAGAUCGAGUUGUACAAAGAAUUUUUAGAAUCAGUCAACUUUAAGAAUUGGUUGGAGGAGAAGAGAAAGGAAGCAAUUAGACAUCUCAAUACACUCUAUAGAAAAGCAAUCUUGGAUGCCGACGUUCACGCACUGCUUAAAAACAAAACUCCUUCAACUGCACUAGAUCUACACAAAAGAGUUAAAGAUCAAUUGAUUUUAGAAGAGAAUCUAUUCCAAGCACCCGAUGACAUCAAACAAAAACUAAGAGCACAUCUAGAUUUAAUUAAUCUAUAUUUUAAUAAUAUUUCAUAA